AUGAAAAAGCAUAAUAUAAAACUUGGAUUCCUUCCUCCAUUUGUAAAGGCAUCUGUUGUAGCACUUCAAGAGAUUCCUUCUGUCAAUGCUUCUAUUGAUGGUGAUAGCAUUAUCUAUAGAGAUUAUGUUGAUGUUAGCGUUGCUGUAGCUACACCAAAAGGUCUUGUAACUCCAGUUGUUAGAAAUGCACAUUUGUUAUCUUUUAUUGAAAUUGAAAAGGCGAUUGCUGAAUUGGGUGUAAAGGCUAGAGAGGGAAAAAUUACUAUCGAAGAUAUGACAGGUGGAACAUUUACUAUAUCUAAUGGCGGUGUUUAUGGAUCGUUAUUUGGCACUCCAAUCAUCAAUCUUCCACAAAGUGCAAUUCUUGGUAUGCAUGUUACAAAAGAACGCCCUGUUGCUAUAAAUGGAAAGAUUGAGAUUCGUCCUAUGAUGUAUGUUGCCUUGACUUAUGAUCAUCGAUUGAUUGAUGGACGUGAGGCUGUUACAUUCUUGAAGACAAUUAAGGAACAAGUGGAAGAUCCUCGACGUUUAUUAUUGGAUGUUUAA